GUACCUGGUUUGUUACUGUUUACCGAUAUCCUUCACUGCGCCAUGCCAGCAUACCACUCUGCGUUGAACGACGAGCAAGAUGCGCGACAAGUCGGCAAUAUGGCAAUUCUGCCCAUUAAGACCAAAAUUCGCGGACCAGCUCCUGUUGCCAAUCCUGAAGAAGGUGACAUAGUAGACGAAACUCUCGACCUCUUCCGCGCCAAUUCUCUCUUCCGUAACUUCGAGAUCAAAGGGCCUGCGGAUCGCCUAUUGAUUGUGUUAAUCCUCUUUGUAUCUGACUGUCUUGCAAAGAUUGGGACAGCCCGUACUGUUCCGACCCAAAUCGAAGCAUCCAAAUCGCUCAAUACUCUGUCAGUGGAUAACUUUGCUAUCCCAGGCGAUGCCAACUUCCCAUUGAACGCACAUUACGCUGCUCCAGCAAGUAGAUCAGAUGCCGAAUAUCUUCGCCAAUAUCUGACGCAGGUGCGUCAAGAGUUGGCAGCACGGUUAGUUGAACGUUUAUACGCAGACGGGACUGGAAAGCCCAACAAGUGGUGGAUGUCAUUCCAGAAGAGGCGCUUCAUGAACCGCAGCUUGGGCUCUUAAAUUAUCUGUCAUCGUGUAAUCAAACAUAGCUGGAUAGUAAUGUAUCUCUCAGAAGUAUGACAGCUCUGCAAGAACGUAAAUUCGAUGUCAUGCUCGCCUCUUUCUUUCGUUUGGAUUCUUUCUACCGUAGCCUAUCGUAGGCAAUUCGUUGGCUGAUUUCAUUGAUCUCCCUUUACUUCCCCCACCAAGGAUUCCUGGCAUCCAGUCAGGAUCUGACCAGUUCCCAACACUGACGCCACCUUCUCCACCUUUCGCAAUCAACCCUUUCAGCAUCUUUUGCUCCUCCCGUUCCUUUUUGCCAUCAACACGUUUCUUAGCUCGCAUAUAAUCUAACUGGUCUUCGCGCAAAAUAAGACCUUCUCCUGGGCCAGUUUUUGCAGAUCCAGAUUUCGGUGACGGGAUGGAAUACUUAGUUCCUCGAACUUUGUACUGGAAGUUUCUUUUAAGAUGUAUUUGCAUUGCAGGCGCAUCCGCUGCUGCAUCCGAUGAGGCGAUUGUCACGGACGCUCGGAGGAGAGUUGGGUUUCCACACGAUGGGCAGAACUGCUUAGAGUUAUCUUUGCAUAUCUUGAAACAGGCAUGGCACCGAAGAACCCAACUUUUCACCUUCUGAAUUCUCUUCCCUUCAGUCCCGACCAGGUUCAAACCCAUCUGGAGUAAGACAUUUUGCAUUGCGAAAUCGGCUGUCAUGCAUCCGGCAAGGACAACUUCUUCUUCUCCCUUUUUCUUUGAGCCUCCCGCUGAAGGGAGAAGGUCUAAAGCACGGGAUUUAUGCAGAGCAACGUUGCCUGGAGUUAUCCAUUCGCCCUCGCCGUCAUCGUCAUCAGAAGGAUCGUCGUAAAUUGGCUGUGAAGGAUCAGAAGGGGUACUCGAUGGUGGGGCAUCCGACUCUGUAGUAGCACGCAGAGCUUGAUCUGCGUCCGUGGUAAUGUUUUCGUCGACUAGCUCAACUUCGAGAGGCUCCCUUUCUUCGCCAUCGAUUUCAUCCUCAGGAGAUACACCUGCAUCUUCUGGUGCAUUGCCGUCGUCACUUUCUACUACUUCUCUUUCCCGGACAUCGAAAUCCUCAGGGACAUCU